UCCCUAAUGUAAUCUGGAUCACCAUAAGGUGACUUGGCGUCCUGGACACUUUCACAGCUUCAGAAGAAUGUGGCCACAAAGUCGCGAUUUUUAACAUGUAUUUCAGCAAAGGACUCCUAGGAAGUUACUGAUUCACCACUCUUAGAGAGGACACAUUUUCAAUAUGUACGGGCAACUGAAUGAAACUCUGAAAAAAUUUAUUGUCGAGAGAUUUGGUGAAAAUCGAUGGGCAGUCAUUGCAAAACAGAAUGAUGUGAACGAAGUUUUUACUACUGAAGACAGAUACGAUGAUAACCUCACUAAUAAAAUCAUCGACGCUGCUAUCAAAGAACUUGAUCUACAGAAAGACCCUUUUAUGGAAAUGUUUGGAGAAUUUCUAUUCGAACACCUCCGUCACCAUGGUUAUGAAGAACUUAUUCGCAACCUUGCUAACAACGUGCUGGAAUUUCUGCAGAAUCUGGAUUAUGUGCAGUCCUAUCUCAAGGAGGAAUAUCAAGACUACGUCAUGCCACACUUCCGGUGUGAUGACGAUUCAGUAGCAGAUCGAAUGAUCCUCCAUUAUUUUUCAUACAGACCAGGAUAUCAACGAAUUGUUAUGGGAUUUAUCAGAGAGGCUGCAAAGUCCUUGUACAGGAUGGAACUGUACAUUGACAUCAUCUCGACCACAGAAGAAACUGUAUCAUCCAAUCACCAUGGCGUAAGAGAACACGUGACUUUUAGCAUUGUUGCCAAACAGAUAUUGGAUAAGAUGAGUGAUCCCCCACCCACUUUCAUCGCUCAGACUAAGAAACAUGGCGAACAACAGAUACUUCAUGAGGAUGUAGAAGCUGUCCAAAGGAAAUUGAACGAAAUCAGAAAGGAAUUUGGAGAGGAGGCAUUACCCGUCGCAAAAUAUAAAAGUAGCCGGGCAAAAUGGCGAGCAAUAGCCAAGAUAAGUUUACUUAGUCGUGGAUUCGUACCGAACUAUCCAGAAGAAAUCUCGAUUAAUCCACGUAUGUUCAUCGAGGUAUUCCCAUACCAUGUUAUCUUUAAUCCCUCAAUGAAAGUCCACCAAUCUGGAAUCAGCAUCCAACAGCUAAUGCCGUCCAUUCGGAAUCGCUCCUCUGAAAUGAAGGACUACUUUCUCUUGCGAUACCCCCGAUGUACAGAUCUGACCUUCGAUAACAUACAACGUUUCAUCAGGUCGCCUUUCAUUCUAGAAAUGCGUCGGGAAAGAAUGCAGAAAACGUGGACUAAACGACCCCCACUCUUAAUCAAAGGGCAAAUGUUUCAUUUAAGAGAUAAAGGGUUUGUCUUUUUCGUGGCUUCACCCUAUAUUCGAACCUGGGAAGACCUUGAAGCAAGAACAAUGAAGCUAGCUGACCUUCCGAUGUGGGACGCCACCAGGGACUUCCUGUUGUCAGAUAUGGCUUUUAGAGUUGCAUCAGGACAGUAUUAUGGUCAUUUUUUCCUCGACAACAAUUUGCUCGUCAACGCAGGCGACAUGAUGAACAGUGUGGGCGAUGACGAAAAAGACGCUGGCAAUGAGAAAGAAAAAGGGAACGUGAGAAUUAAAUGGAUUCGGGUUCAGCGUGACCUAGAAAAUGAAAGUCAUUGGAACGAUCGUCUGUAUCACGCCUUUCUGCCUCGCCCUCUAGCUGUGUCAAUCCGAAAAGGAGAAAUCCCUGGAGCAGAUUUUUACCCAGAGGUGACUGCACUGUUUUGUGACGUCGUCGGGUUCAUUCAGUUGGUGGCUAACUGCAAGCCGAGUGACGUCAUAGCAGUUCUGAGCUCUCUCUACAAGAAAUUUGACCAACUUACCCGAGUCCAUGACACGUAUCGGGUUGAAUCGAUCGGCGAUGCAUACUUUGUGGUUUCUGGAACCCCAGAAUCACAGACUCACCAUGCUGAAAGGGUUGCGAAUACUGCCUUGGGAAUGCUUGUACUCGGAAAUGAAAUCGCUUGUCCCCUUUAUGGGGAAAAAAUUCAGCUCCGCAUUGGUAUUCACACGGGAUCGUUGGUUUGUGGAGUUGUUACAUCUCGCCUGCCGAGGUUCAUUGUCAUGGGAGAAACAGCAGUUAUGGCAUCGAAGUUGGAGAGCCACGGAGAACCUGGCAAAAUUCACAUAAGCCCCACAACUUACAAUGCAAUUUGUGAGAAGGGUUUUAAAAUAGAGUCACGAGGCCUUACUGAACUGCGCGGCAUGGCGUCCGUGGAGACUUACUUUCUGGUAAAGAAUGAGAGAGCUACUGAUGAUGCCAUUGUGGGUAGACCAAGCGGUGGACAGAAAGUGACCAAUCAUAAGGCGAAGAGUUCUUCUAAAACAAAAGAAGGCAUGAAUCGCUCUGACACCGAGUGCAGUGACAUUGUCGCUUUCCAAUACAAAUAAUCCACCAACAACCAUAGACGUGUAGGUCUGCAUUUAGCCAAAAGAAUGUUGGUUUUUUUUACAUUUUGAUAUGGGUUUAGAUUUUUGCAGCAAAUUGUAUCUAUUACAAAACAUAGACAUUUAUGUGCCCCGUUUUGCACUACUAUACAAAGUGCUUAUACAUGUAGUGUACAAUAGGAAAUCAAUGAUAAUUUU